GAGGAAAGUGGCAACUGCCAAGAGUCGAGAGUGGCAACAAUAACAAGAAGAGCUUCGGCUUUCAUUUUCUACUGAUCAAAACACCAAUCCCUCAUUGGCACUAACAGAAAUUAAAAGAAACCAUCCCGGAUUCCCGACACAGAUAAAACUAUAAAAUCCUCAUUUUCUUUCCACCACACAAAGAGAAAGGAAGGGAAGGGGGUAAAAAAGAUUCAUUCCGCCACGCUGCGAUUUUCCGUCAAUCUGCGACGAAUUUUCUCGCUAGGGUUUUGCGUCGGAGGAAAAUCGUAGGAACAUGGAUUGGGGGAACGUCACUGCGGAGGAUCUCGUCGAUGCUCUUCGCGAAGUAGAUUGGUCAUCGCCACCGCGCCCUCUGUCCGAAUUCUUCUCCCGAUUCACCGUUCCUCGAUCCUAUGCCAAGUGGAAUAGCCGCCUAAAAUGCAAUCUUUACUACUAUCGGACCAACUACUUCAUUUUGAUUGUUUCUGUUCUGAUAUUGGGUUUUCUUUGGAGGCCACUUGCUAUAGUUGCUGCCAUUCUUACUGCACUUAGCACUGCUUUUCUAAAUGACAGCUUUGCAGGUACUUUUAGUGAAAAGGUUACACGAACUGUCAGGCAAUUCUCGCCACAUUUAGCAGCCAAGAUGAGACCUCCUCUUACGCCUGUUAUCCGUGGACGUCCAUCGGCUAGGAGAGCAAUUUAUAUAUGUGGUCAGCCACGUUGGGUGUUUGUCUUGACAUUUUCUGCUGCAUCUUUCUUCUUUUGGUUUGUUUCCUGUGGUCUCCUAAUGGUUUCAUGGGCACUUGCUAUUGGUCUUCUAGCCACCAUCCUGCAUGCAAGCUUCCGAACACCUAACUUGAAAGCACGACUAAACACUUUCCGUGAAGAAUUUCGUGCAGUGUGGCGCAAUUAUAGUGAGCUGUAGUUUGCAGUUUGUUUUCUCGAUGUAUUGCUGCUUUUCGAUCAACAUUAUUUCCUUUAGCCGAGAUGGAACCUUCUUGGUAAGGUUGCCAAUAGAUUGUAAAUUGUGAGGAAUCCUUUUUGUCCCUCCACUUUCCAUAUAGGUUAGAAUGUGUUUUACUUUGUUGAUUAUGACAUUUAUACUGGCUAUAAGCUUGACAUGUAACAGGAACAUCCAUAAGUGUCACUAUCUUCAAUUGCCUCCAGAAAUUAGUGGCAUAAUAUGACAAGAGUCUUGUGUUUCUGUGAUUCUGUUCAGUAGUUUUAAAUUUUUUGUGACGUGAUAAAUAAUGUUAUCCAAAUGGAUUUUGAGUGAA